AUGUGGAAAAUUCAGGCUCAUCGUAAGAUCAUCCUAUUUUUAUGGCAGUGUAUGCAUGAUCGUAUUCCGGUUAAUUCCCAGCUUGGGAUUCGGGGUGUUUCUUCUUCUCCUGAAUGUCCUCUUUAUGCUUUGGAGGUGGAAACUAUAGAUCAUCUUCUAUAUUCUUGCGCUUUUGCUCGUUUGGUUUGGAAAUUAUGUCCGCUUCAGAUUGAUUUCUCUUCUUCAGCUCUGACUAUGUGGAAAAAAAAUGGUUUGAUUUAUGUGCCCGUUGGACGCCAUAUGCUGUUUCAGCUGAUUGUACGAGUUUGGCGGCGAGUUUCAGGAGGUUACCCGUCAAAAAAUCUUCUUUUGUUGCCGGUUCCUUCUGUUCCGGUCCCUAUUGCAGUGUGGACUACCCCAGCUUUUGGUUGUUUUAAACUGAAUUUUGAUGCGGCUUUUAAUUCGUCUUGUCAUUUUUGUGGGGGUGGGGCGAUUCUUCGAGACCACCUGGGUCGGCCUGUUAAAGUUGCUUCUUUUUUCAUGCUGAAUGUGUCUUCUCCUUCGUUGGCUGAAUCUCUGUUUUCAGGGCCUUUCUCUUACUUCUGCAUUGUUGGGGUUACAGGAAUGUGUUGGUUGAAGGUGAUUGUCAAUCUGUUAUGCAAUUGCAAGUCUCAAUGGAGGGUCAGGUGA